CGCGUAUAUUCAAACAAAUUAAAAUACGGCCCUGCGGGAAAAGGGGCCGGGCCUGAAGGUUAUUAUUAUCGUUUGAUUUAUUACACCUUUUAGAGUUCAGUCCAAAUAUCGUGUGCCAUAUGUCAGAAGAUACUUGGGAAAAUCAUAUUACAGAUAUUCCAGGAUUUUAUUAUGAUCCAAAAACUAAGAAACAUUAUAAAAUUCAAGCAGGUCAUAAUAACUUUAACCCAAUUCCAAAAUGUUUAGUUAAUCAAAUGAAACAAUCAAAACAACAUUCUGAAAAUCUUAAUGCCUUGAUAUUCAACAAAUUUACAGCCAACAUAUUGAUUCAUCUGUUAAAAAGACAAAUCCAAAUGAUACCAUUUAAUGACAUGAAUUUGAUCAAAACUCGAUUUCAAAAUAUAGUAGAAUAUCCAAAAUCCUUCGUCCGACUAAAAUCUGCAGAAAUCUUUCAGAAACGUACUAAUAUAUCUGAUCUUUAUCUCUCACCCCUUAAAGAUUACAUUAUCUCUACGAGUAGAGCAUUUGGUAUGAAUAUUUCUGAAAAAUAUCAAAAAUUGGACAAUACUCUGUCCUCAUUGAUCGACGAAGAAGGAUUCGUAGAUUCGUACAAUAACAUAUUCCCAUACGGAAUAGAUGGGCCUCAAACUCUUAGAGUGGUUAACUCAUUUAGUAACCUGCGAUUUUACGAUUACGCUUACGCUACCCCUCCUAUAUGUCACAGGCCUUAUCGUUUUUAUGUUUCCUCUUACGGUUUUGAUAAUAAUCGCCCCUUCGAGGAAUAUCCGGGGAAUAUGCAGGCGGAGAAUAAUCUAGAUAAUUUUAGCGAUCCCUCUAUUUUGAGUGAAAGAAGCGAUCCAAUCGACAAUUUUCACCCAGCUAUACUUUGUUCCGAUUGGCAUCUAAACGCUCCUUAUGUGAUAACCAAACGGAUGAAGUCCAUAGACACCUUUUGCAUAAACCCGGUUAAGCCCAUUUUAGCAUGCGUUUGUAGAGACCAAAUUCAUUUCCUAGACCUCUUAACUUUAUCCGCGAGGGACCAAUGCUCACUUUUAUCUAAGCAUCAAAGAAUUAGUAUGGAAUCCAACGAGGAAUUACUAAGCGACGUUUUGUCUUCAACAUUCUCGGAGGAUGGAUGCCUUUUGUUGCUUGGUACUAGGAAAGGUUCUAUUGAAAUCGUAGACGUCAAAACUGCUCAAGAUAGCACCAAAAUCGUUAAAACUAAGCAAAUGUUGACUCUUAGUGUAAAAAUAAGUUUUGAUAUUUUCCCAAAAAACUAUAAUCGUACUAUGGAUGAUUUAAUAAAUAGCAAUGAUGAGACAAAAUUUAUAGAUAGUAUCGAUAGUUCACAGGGUUGUAGAAUUAACCAGAAAAAUUAUUCGAUUUGCGACAUGAAGUUUGUUCCCGGGGACAAUUAUCACUUGUUAACUUCGCAUUACGGAGAUAAGCUGUUAAUGUGGGACCUAAGAUUGUCAAAAAUUGUUCUUUCCUACCCCGGGCAUUGUAAUUCGCAUAAAUACGUCAGAGUUAACUGUGACCUCAGUGCAAAUAUCGUUUAUUGUGGCGGUACUGACAAAAUCGUAAGAAUCUGGACUCUUUGGGGGGCUGAACCUCUUAAAAUUCUUAAAUUUACCCAUCCUGCAAUCAUAAACCCUCUCUCUUUUUUAGCUAAUGAAUUGGAGGAUGACGAAAUUUAUCAUUACCAUCAUUCCAGCUAUUAUCCGUCACAUAUAGAUCAUUUUGAACGAGACACCGGUCAAAAGGAAUAUUUCGGAUCCAUGCCUUCUUGCGAAUCGCCUCCCAUUCCUCUCUACAUGGGAAAUGCUCCUUGGGAGAAUUGGAAAAAUGAUCAAGAAGCCAUAAUAUGUCAAAAUGCCGAAGAUGGUUAUGAUCGCACACAUUAUAGGGAUACUAGAUCGAAAGGAAAGAUAAACAGUUAUUACCAUUCUCCUAAUCACUACCAAAAGAAUCCCGCAUUUAUUGUAGGGUUUCGGGAUAAACUCUACUCUUUUUAUUAAGAAAAUUUGGUUCAUAUUAAAGUUGUAUGAUAAUAUUAAUGCCAUGUAUUAUAAAUAUAAUAUAUUAUAUCUAUAGUUAUUUAAGAAAUCAUUUAUUUAAUCUAUAAAUCUUAUUGUAUAUACUUUUUUCCAUAUUUAUAUACAUUUGGACCUGUGCAAUGCCGCCAUCGCCGCCAAACUUUUUUUGGCAAUUCUUUGACGCUGAUUUAAUAAUUAUCGGCAUAUGGCAUAAGUAAAUUUUAUUUUUACUAUGAUUAUAUUUAUAAAUUAAUCAUUAAUUUAAUACAUUGGUAUUUUUUUUAUAUUAUUUAAAUAAUAUAUCGUAAAAUUAUAUAAUAUUUUUAUAUUUAGGAAUGAGUUGGAUGCAUUUUACAAUAUCACACAAUGUAAGGCUCUACCUUUUAUGAAUUAACGUUAAAGGUAGAUGCGAAACUGCCCUUCUCAUUACCCUACUUAGAGGUUAUUCCCUCGGAUGACGUCCUCGUCAAAAUCGACUUCACUAAUGCAUUAAAUGCUCUAAGGUACAGUGAAUUCCUCAAGUCUCCCCAUUUCUGCACUGCAAAGACCUUCGAGAUAAAUUAAUUCCAUCAUUAGAAUUAUUCAACAGGCUGGCUAGUUUAGACCAAUCUUCUUUUGUCUAGAAAUAGACAAAAUGAUCUAAGAUACCAAUCAACAAUGCAGGCUCAAUUAACACUCAUGGUGUAUAGGUGAUAUAAUAAUAGGCGACUACCGGACAAAGUCAGCCAGGCAAGUGGCAUAAUAUAACCCUAUGAAAACAUAGAUCUAAAUAUAAAUCCUCUUAAAAAUGAGCACUGUCCCCUAAGCAACAAAGUUCAGAAUGAUUUUAAGUUCUAUCGCACUGAUAAAAGAAUGCUCGUAAGUAUCUAGGAUAACAGGAUAUUGAAAAAUACGUGACGAUUAUAUGGCUGAGAGAGUCUUUGAAUUAAAAAUAAGGCUCAGUAGGCCUGGAGGAGUAUUAGGAUCUUUUGCAUAUGUGUAAGGUGAUUAAUGCCUGCAUAUGAAGGAAUUUAUAUUGCUUAAGAGUGGCCCCACUCAGCAUUCUAUUAAUCUUCAGUUUAUUCAAAAGGCCGCCACUUGCAUUGUAAACGUGUGGAGGCGGAUUUCUAAGAUGCCAAAUAAUUACACUACAGCUCGUACCUUGAAAUCAGUUA